AUGCGAUUUCCUUUCGAUGAUCCAGUUUUAAUAGACCUACGUAGAACGCAUAAGGAGUUAUGUAACGUUAGAAAUUUGGAAGAACUAGAUACAAUGAUUAAGGUAAUGCUUGGAGUGUACCAAAAAGGAGACCCUGUAUACAGAUCUUAUAAAAAUUUGUUAACAGCGAUGCUUUAUCUUAAAUGGGAACCUGAAGAAAGGAGUAUUUUUAGAGCUUAUUAUGAAGAGCAUAAAGAUACAAUUGAAAAAUUUAGAGAAUGUCGCAAAAAUCCAGGUGGGGUAGAUUUAGACCUUCCAACCCCUCCUUUGGGAAUUAGUCUUGGUAGAUUGAAGUGUUUCUUUGGAUAUUUUGAUACAGGUCGAUUCCAACAGAAUUGUAAUUUUAUUCGACUUGUAGAAAAGCGAAUGGAGACUGGGAGACAUCCGGUAACGUUUUUCCUGGAGGAGAGAUUCAAGCUUACUCAGAAGUCAACUGAGGAAAACACUGGUCCAUCUCAAUUGAGUAAACAUGAGGAUUUGGAGGUUACUAUUUAG